GGUGAGCGACAGGAAUUUGAUUGAGAUGAGAGAGGUCGGACGAGAAAGGUGAUUUGGAUAAAAGAGGCGAUGGCAUUUGGUGGAUUGGGCUCUUUGGGUGAGGGGCUUCAAAUUAGUUAAGUUUGACAAAGCAUCAAAUUUGGGUUUCAAAGACCGCACAUUUUGGGAUCCUCUUUCUUCGUUGCUCGAAGGGGUUUUGAUUUUGAACUUUUCGCGUUCUCCCUCUUUCCAUUUCGUUAUCAUCUUCUGCCUGGGUUUUAGGGACCAAUAUACCAAAGAAAACCUCUCUUUUUUCUCUUUCUGUAACCAUGGAGUCUUUUGCUACGUUACACUGCCGUCACCAACCUCUCCACCUCUCUUUCAUUCACCACCGUCCCUAUUUCCAUAAACCCAUCUUCUCUCUUUCCUUCAGGGCUUCGUCUUCGUUCAAAUUAUCCUCCAUCAGGGCUUCCUCUUCCUCCACUCCCUUCUUUGAACCCCCAAAGCCUUCGCCUUCGCUCCUCCAAACGCUGACGCCCCUCCUCAAAACCACCUGCAUUACCGUCACCGCUGCUGCCGCGCUUUUCUUCGCCCGCUUCUACCAGAAACCCGCUCUCGCCGCCCUGACGACACCCAUUGUGGAGACCGCCACGAGGGAAUCGAUGGUCUCCUUAGAAGAGCAAGAGAAAACCCUGGUACAAAAAUUAGGGAAGACUCCGAAUGACGUUGAAACGCUGCGGUCUUUGAUGGAGGUCCGGAUCAAAUUAAAGAAACUGCAACAAGCUAUCGAUGUUAUCGAGCGUUUGAUUCGUCUCGAACCCCAAGACCCGGAAUGGCCCAUGUUAAGAGCCCAAAUUCAUAGCUACGCUGGCAAUUUCGAGCUAGCCAAGAAGGAGUUCGAAGAAAUAUUGGCUAAAGACCCAGAUCGGGUGGAAGCUUUUCACGGCCUUGUAAUGGCUUAUUCGGAUUCGGGUCAGAAAUUGAAAGAACUGGAAAAAAGAAUUGAAGGGGCAAUGGAGAAGUGCAAGAAAGAGAAGAAGAAUAAAGAUUUCAGGGAUUUCAAGCUAUUAAUUGCUCAAAUUCGGGUCAUUGAAGGGAGACAUUCAGAAGCUUUGAAGGUUUAUGAAGGUUUGGUUAAGGAGGAACCAAAGGAUUUUAGGCCAUAUUUGUGUAUGGGGAUUAUCUACACGUUACUGAAGAAGAAAGCUGAAGCUGAGAAACAGUUUGAAAAGUUCAGGAAACUUGUUCCUAAGAAUCACCCUUACAGGGAGUACUUUGUUGAUAACAUGAUCGCCACUAGGCUUUUUGCCGAAAAAGCCGAAAGGGAAGGCGCAGUGAAGCGUUGAGUGUCUUGGGGUUUAUUCAUUUUCUGAGAUGAAGAUUCAUGUUCUUACAAAGAGGUCCCUUUUUGUUUUUCUUCCUUUUAAUUUCCUUUUAUUUCUCUUAUUUUUCCUACCGUUUUAUUCAAUGUUGCAUUACAUAAGUAUUUUUGGGUUUAGUAUAAAGUUAAACAUUGCUUAGUUGAGCUAAGCUUAUCUAUUAUGGAAGUUAACUGCAA